CGCUUUGGUUCGUUCCUCUGUCAAAUUGAUUUCUCGCUGUCGGUCUUUGUUGCUAUCGCCGGUUUUGUUCCUAAAAACGAGAAAAAUAAUCAACAUUUCAGUGGACACUCGUUCUUAUCGUAUAACAACGGGUUCAGUCGGCUCAGCAGCAUCUGCAGACGCUUCAGGCUCAGUAUCCUCACAUGGCCAAUGGCAGCGCAGGCUUUAUGAUGGAGGGACAGAGAGAAGACGCAGGCAUGCAGCAGAUGCCUGUACAUCCAGAGGACGCCGCUCAGCUCCAGCCUGCCGCUGCGCAGACAGCACCUGCUAAAGGAAAACGGGCAAGACAGACGAACAAAGAGCCCAAACCCAAAGGCGAACCAAAACCUAGAGCCAAACCCGGACCUAAACCCAAGAAAGCCAAGGAGGAUAAAGAGGCUCCGCCGGCUGAAGGACAGGAGAAGAUCGAUGAAACCUUCAAGAAAGUCAAGAGGAAAGUGGACCGCUUCAAGGGCAUGUCAGAGGAGGAAGUGAUGAAGAGAACACUUCCUGAUAUCCUAAUCCCCAACCUGGACUACGUCAUUAUUGGAAUUAAUCCCGGGUUGAUGGCGGCUUACAUCGGUAGAUGGUUUCCUGGACCGGGAAAUCACUUUUGGAAGUGUCUGUUCUUGUCCGGAUUCACUGAGAAGCUGCUGAAUCACAUGGAUGAUCAGAGUUUGCCGGAGAAAUACGGCAUCGGCUUCACAAAUAUGGUAGCGAGAGCAACGCCAGGAAGCAAAGACCUCUCUAGCAAGGAGCUUCGAGAAGGCGGUAAAAUCUUAGUGGAGAAAAUCAAACAGUUCAAGCCACUCAUAGCGGUUUUUAAUGGCAAAUGUAUUUAUGAAAUGUUCUGUAGGGAGCUAUUUGGGAAAAAGCCCAAAACACUUGAAUUUGGCCUACAGCCUCACAAAAUUCCAGACUCUGACACGGCACUGUACCUGAUGCCAUCCUCCAGUGCCCGCUGUGCUCAGUUUCCUCGAGCUCAGGACAAAGUGCACUUCUACAUCAAGCUGCGGGAGCUGCGGGAUCAGCUGAAGGGGGUGAUCAAACAGAAGGAGGUAGAGGAAGUCAACUACACCUUUGACCUCGGCCUGGCCAAAGAGGAUGCCAAGAGGAUUGCCGUCAAGGAAGAGCAGUACGAUCCUGGUUAUGAAGCCGCUUUUGGGGGAGCUUAUGGAGAAGCUGCACCUGAAGGAGGCCAAAGCAAUGGGAUUUGUAACUUCUCUGCAUCUGAGGAGAAUGCCAACACAGCCGAGAAGGCUCCCACAAAGCCAAGUGAUGUUGGUCAGGUUCAGGACGGCCAGUGGAUGACGCAGUCUUUUGCUGAUCAGAUCCCAGACAUCGGCAGCUCCUCUCAAGCCCAAAACUGGGGUGUAUGAGGACCAAACACCAUGAGGGACUUCAGACGAAGCCUUCUGGUGCACUUCCAGAGAUACUGUGCCUCCUUUCUUCUCACAAUCGAACCCAGGAGUCUUUAAGAGCGUUGGUGGUUUCUUCCUGUGUGCCGCUCUGUUACAUUUUAAUUUCAGGAACGUUUGGAGGAAUCAGUCUCAUGCAAGGUGACCCGACUUGCACAAGGAGAAUCCAAUGGCUGCUACACUUUUACAGAAACUGUACCUCUGAACUGUAUUUAGAGGCCUUUGAAAUCUCAAAUGCCUCUGUUUUAAAGAAGAGAGACGUUUUUUUUGCAAAUGAAUUUCCAUUAGGUCUUUUAGGAAUUAGCGUUUCUAUGGAAUUGAAAUUUAUCUUUUACAUUAAAUGAACCCUCUACUUUUUAAAAAAUAGGCCAAUUUUACAACUUCACAAGAGUUAAACUGUUGAGUUUUGUAGUUGUUUUAAUUAAUUCAGCCGAUGUCCAGGUCUGGCCACAUUUGGCUUAGCUUAGCAUAGAUCAUUGAAUUAGAUUAGAUUAUUAGCAUCUCGCACAAAAAUGAGUUUUAAUAAUUUCCCUAUUUAAAGCUUGGCUCUUUAGUAGUAACAUCAUGUGCUAAGACCACUAGCAAAUGACAGGAUGCUAUUUUCUGCAAUGCAUAAUAUCAUAGCGCCUAAUAAUAGUAAUUUAACAUUGAUGCUAAUGGCCUAAUUUGAUUCAAUGAUUUUUGCUAAGCUAAGCUAAAAUUGCUCCUGCCAGACCUGGAGAUUGGCUGAAUGGAAUAAAAAUUGUUAAAACUCAAAUGUUUAACUCAGUGGAACUUCAGCCUAUUUUUUUUUUUUUAAAAGUGGAGUGUUCCUUUAAUGCUUUAGAGUCAUUGACUUUACUUUUAGUAGUAAGUUUAGUGUACGAGGUUCUGAGCACUGGUUUAUUUCAUCGUGAUAUCAGGGAUUGAUACUUGAUUUGUAUUGGUUAUUUCAUUUUAGGGUGGACUGUAUUUUGCGUAGUAAUACUUUUAAGUACAACUACUCCGUUUUUUAAAAGCAGGUUUAAAAUUCUUUAUUGCAAAAUCUGAUUAAACAUUGUUUUGUUAGUACCACAUGUGACAUGAUAUAUUUUUAAAUGUUGGAGGGCGUCCACCAUGAUAUUAGGAAUUUUAACAAUGCCACUGCAAGACAAAGUUACAAUCACUGAUUGUAAAUGUGUUUUUCUGUGUUCCUUAUGAGGAAGCAUCAACAUCACUGUUUAAAAAAUGUACAUGAUCACCUCUUCACCUUUAAUACUGUAAAAUAAAGUACGCGUGAUACAACAUGAACAUCCCGAUAUAAUUUAUGCAGUUAUCCACAUGCUCUUACUUGGUGCUGUUUUUUUUUUUUUUAUUAGUUUUUUUUUAUUUACAUUUUUUGUAAACAUGAUUAUCCUUUAUUUGUUUGUUUAUUAAAAUACAAUAAUUCUGA